ACCCCCUCCGAGAGUAUAAAACAUCUGAGAGCAGCUCCAGUCGGGCUUUAGACCUGAUCACCUGCGUCAAUCUCACACUGCAUUCCUGUGCUAUUGCAAUGCUGUCCCGGACGCUGGUUGUCCCGUUGAUCUUUGCAUUAGUGGGCGUCUCUAUUUCUGCACCAAUAAACGAUGGAACAGAUAAUGACGAGUGGGCCGCAGCCCUGUCAGAUAUCUUCAUUGGUCAGUUUACUGAAGCUCUUCCAACUCCAGUCCCUGUAAAUGGAGACUCAGGAACUACGGAUGGGAAAGAUUCAUCAGAGAAACAAGGAGGUCCCAGCGACUCGUCUGACACUACUGAAAAACCAGAGGCCGAUGGAGCUCCUGACACACCAGACACAAACAGUGACACAAGCCUGGAUGAAGCCACCAGCGGCCCAGACUCCACAGACACAACAGAUAUUGAUGUGGACAAAGACACAGACACAGAAACGAAAACAGAAACCGAUGCAUCGCAGCAGAAGACAGGCGAUUCAGAUGAGACCAGUGAGAAACCAUCGGCGGAGGACAGCACAGAUGCAGAUCGUGUUGAUACAGAUUCAAAGGAGAAGGAAUCCGCAGACUCGGAUGAGAAGGUGGACACUGGUUCGGUCGACACAGACGGGGAUUCUGCUAGUGUGGAGAAGAGCGAGUCUGAUGACUCGCCCGAUGAUGCAAACAAAACUUCGACAGAAGGUACCGAUGACUCAUCUGAGAAAGAUUCAGACACAGAUGAGCAGCAGGACUCUGAUGAUUCUGACAAAGACAAAACAGAUGGAGACACAGAUGAAAAGAGCGACGAGAAAGACGAGAAAGACUCCAGCAACGACUCUAGCAAAGACUCAGAGGACGAGGGUCGAGAAACCGCCGAGACGCCAGAGAAAGGCGACACGGACAGCGACUCGGACACCGGCGAGCUGAAAGAUUCAGACGAUUCCAAAGAGCAGGAUUCAGAUGUGAAAGACACAGACAGCACCGAGAAGAAAGAGAAAGACCCGGACUCUGACAGCGACACUCCGGACCGGGACACGGCAGACUCCUCUGAUAAAGCAGACGUCGAAGACAGCGCUGAGGAUAAAGACGAGAACACCAGCGACCCCAAAGACACGGAAGAUGAUGGAGACAGAGAGAAGGACGACAAAGAAGAGAAGGAGACCAGUGACAAGGACAGCGACGAGGGAAAAGAUAAAGAAGAUGAAUCCAAACCAGACGAACAGGACAAGGAGGACGCCGCCUCGAAAGAAGACGCCACAGCCAGUCAGUCUGACGAGAGUCAGCGGGAAGAGAAGACAGAAGACAAACCAGAUUCUGACAACUCCAGCCUGGACUCAGACUCGGACUCUGACUCAGACUCGGACUCGGACUCGGACAGCAAUGAUAAAGACCAGGGCAAAGACAAGAGCAGCACAGAGUCCACAGACACAGAGAGCUCUGAUAGUGACAGCAAGAGCGUCACGGACAGCUCCGAGACAGGAGGGGAAGACACUGAUGAAGACAAGGACUCCAGUGUGGAAAAAGAGAAGCAAGAUUCUCCUGAAGCUGCAUCAAUAGAGACAAACGAUUCUGCUGAUUCCCUUGGUAAGCCAAACCACAGCAUUCCCUGUUAACAUGUUCUGUGAAGA